AUGCUUCGACCCUGCGUCCUCCUUUGUGUUCUCACCGUGAUAUUCGCCCUCCAGCUCUCCGGCUGCGGGCCUCGGCUGUCGGACGCUGAGUUGGGGGAGAAGUUAGACCGGCUUCCCCGCGUUGAGGGCGCGGAUGAACCGUACCCCCUUCCGGGCAUCGACGAAGCUGCAGAAGCAGCCCGCGGAGGAGAAAAAAUGAUCCCCACCGGCCCCGCAUCCGGCCAGACGGUUAAUCACAUGCGAAACUUAAUCUUUGUUGCAGCACUGGCAGUUGCUGGCGUCGCCACCGCUCUGCAGUGCAGCGAAGCCCGAGCCGGAUGGCCCUACACAGGCUGUUACGGCGGAUUCGGCGAAUACUCGAUCUACAGCACCGAGUCGAUCCCCUUCUACUGGCGCUAUUCGCCAGUCUAUUACAGCAUGCCGGUCCCACGGUCGUACGGUUACAGCCCCUACGCCUAUCCUCCUGGGGUGCAGACUCCUGAGGUGAUCAUCGAACCCGAGAUGACGAUGAAUCCGUAUGUACCUCGGAAUGAUUCGUCUGCCGAACCGACCAGCAAGGUCACCUCGCGGGUGAAGCGAAUCCAGAAUCCCUUCGUCACCACCAGCACGAAGGAAGUUGUGGCCGAGGAAAGCAACGAUGAUUCCACGGAUCAGCUUUCGAUGGUGCUAGAAAACUGGAAGAAACUUUCCCCGGAGGCGCGAGCCCAAAUUGUCGAACUGCUGAAGUCGGCCGAAUAG